UUUUUCGGUCGGUCAGCGCUGUCGCGCAUCUAUUACGUAGCGGGAGGACACGCCCCCAUACGCUAGCCUUGAUGCUAUUGGCCGUGCUAGCUUGGUGCAGCAGCUCGCCUCGCACAAACAGGUGACUUCCAGCCAGGUGUGUUGCAGCGCUGGUUCCCGCCAUGGGACCCGAGCGAGUCUUCCCGACCGCUGAGGACGAGGACAAGAGUCCGUGCGACGGCGGCUUGGUGGCGGGGAGUGUGUGGAGCGGCGAGGAGGAGGAGGAGGGCGGGUUACAAGUGGACGUGGAGGAGGACGACGCCAACAACGCGGCAGAAGGUUACUCGUACCAGCCUCUCAGCCAGGACGGGGACGACGGCGGGGAGGCGCCCUCUCAUGGCGCCAAUCUGCAGAACAGGAUGGAGAUGAUGGGCCUGCACCUCCCCGAAGCCCCGCCCCCCGACAGCGAUGAGGAGGACCCGGUAGUGGCGGCGGCAGAGAGUAGCAACGCCUCCAUUCCAAUGGACGCAGCUCACGUGGAGCUGGUGAAGAGCGCCAUGGCGACGGUGGCGCUGCCGUCGCUGGGCGUCCCGCCGUGGGCCCGGGAGAUCUCCGACGACCAGUGGCGGGACGUCGUGCAGCGCACCCUGCAGAGCCGCCAGCGUACGCGCUUCAACAACACCUGAGUGGACCCCAGGCGGCGUCAGGACGGCAAUGUGACCAAAGCACGUUUGUGAGGAUGGAUUUUUCUGACAUGUCACCUUUUUUGAAAGUCUUAAAGCGGGGAGUCCAAUUUUUUUGACGUGGGGGCCGCAUUGGGCUGAAACCUUUUUACGGGGGCCGAAAGCAUGUGAAGUCAAAUAAUAUAUACACAUAUGUAUUAAGCCUCUACAUGUGUGUGUAUAUUUAUAUAUAUAUAUAUAUGUGUAUAUUAUUAUAGUGCAGUGGUGUGACCAAACUACAGCCCGCAAAUUGUCAUAAAUUCAUCAAAGCGUGGCAAAUUUGCUGCCAUCUUGUGGUCAAUGCAAGUAAAUCGGAUCAAUGACACUUGAAAGAAGCUGGGAAUAAAAGAACAGCAUUAACUUAUAUGACCCAUUCCAAACAACCUUCAUUAGUCAUGGUGCAAAAAAAGAAGAAACAACUAACACAAAACACAAACUGUUCACUGAACUUUGGAUAGGAGAGAAAAUGUCCAAAUACCAUAAACACAUUCACAUUUACACCAAUGUAAAACCAUUGCAAGGCAUGAUGGGAAAAUUGCAAAAUGUUUGGGGGAUUUUAGCUGAUUGAUAAAACUUUAGGGAGGUAGUCACGGAAGUAAACACGGUAGGAGUCCAUUUACUUUACGAGUUACUCUGCUUUUGUCCAAAGUAAAAGUCUGGACACGCUGUUAUAAUGGAUAUACAAUAAAUAUAAUUCGAGUAUUUGAAAGUUUGACUUCUACCUUUUAAAAUUUUGUUAUCAAGCAGCUAAGAUAUACCAAACAUGGAUAAAGUGUUUAGCAAUCUUCCCAUCAUGAAUUGCAGUGGAUGUAAAUACAUUUUUUGUUUGUAAUAUCCACAACAUUAAGUGAGCAUCUGCUGUUGUAUGUUAGCUUUUUGUGCACUAUGAAUGGAAAAGGUAGUGUGGAUUGGGUCAUAACUAAAAAUGCUGUGCACACUUCAAUUUUUAAUUCAUGGUCAGUCCACUGCAUUACUCCCAUUGUCCACAAGAUGGCAGUCCAGUUUUCCUGUUAAACUGGUGAUGUAAUAUUUGUAUUGUGUGUGAGCGUCGAAUGAUUUGCAGGCGAGGGUUAUGUUUCGACUUUGAUGACGAUUAGCAAGAAUAAAUAAAGAAGAUGGUUUCUUUCUCCUGGACAAA